AUGAAUAACUAUUUGUCUUUCAUUCUUGUGACAAUAUUGAGCAUUUUUAUUUAUGUAUGUUAUAUAUAUAGCUUGCAAAAUGAAUAUUUAAAUAAUUAUAGUAAAAUUACUAGAAUUCUAUUAGCAGUUUUUAGCAUACCAUUUUUUAUUUGUUAUUACUGGUCAUUUGUAAAGUGUUCUUUAUCUGGACCUGGAUAUGUUGACGAUUCAUGGGAAUUAAAUGCAGAGGAAAACAAUAUACAAAUAGAAAAAAAGAAGAUAAGAAACUACACACCAAAUAAAUAUACUGUUUGUGAUAAAUGUAAUUAUUUGGUUAGACCUGAAAGGGCACAUCAUUGUAGAUCUUGUAAGAAAUGUGUAUUAAAAAUGGAUCAUCAUUGUCCAUGGAUAGGAACGUGUGUUGGAGAAAAAAAUUUGAAAUUUUUUUUUUUGUUUUUAUUAUAUGGAUUUUUUAUAACAUUUUAUAUAAUUGCGACAAUCAUGCCAAAAUUUAUUAGAUCUCUUUAUAGCAGAGAAACCAUGGUUUUAGUAAAUGUAAAUCAUGCCACUCUUUUAAUUACUAUUUGUGCGGCAUUAACAUUGUUUUUAGCAUUGCUAUUUAUGAAUUGUCAAUAUAUAUACUUUAUUUCUCGUAACGUUACAGUAAUAGAGUCUUCAUAUAAUGAUAUAAAUCCUUAUGAUUUAGGCAUAUAUAAUAAUUGGAAAAUGGUUUUUGGUGAAUUCAAAUGGAAAUGGUUUUUUCCUUUUAAUCCUGAAAAUUUGUAUCAAACAAAUUCUUUAUAUCCAUUAAAUGAUAGAUACAUGAAUAUUAAUAACAUUGAUUUAGAAGAUUCAUUUUUAACUAGUCAUAAUUUUAUAUCAAAAGAAGAAAAUCAUUAA